AUGAGCGGCACAGCCAAGGGAAUGGGUCCCCCUCCGGUAGACCCCCUCCCCCCUCAGGGUCCUGCUCCUUCAGGUGUGUCUCAGGUAGACCCACUUCCCUUGGCUGAGCCUGUCGAGGUCACUGGUGACUCUGGUGCUGCUGGGGGUGGUGCUGCUCGGGGUGCUGCGUCUGGGGGUGCUGAGCCUGCGGGUGCGGAGCCUGGGGGUGCUGAGCAUGGGGGUGCGGAGCCUGGGGGUGCUGAGCCUAGGGGUGCUGCGUCUGGGGGUGCUGAGCCUAAGGGUGUUGCGUCUGGGGUUGCUGAUCUUGCAGGUGCUGAGUCUGGGGGUCCUGUGCCUAGUGGUGCUGCGUCUGCUGGAGGUCCUCAGAGUGCCACGCCGCAGCAGUCUGGCCAGCGAGAGCCUCUCUCACCUCAGUAG